CAGAGAAGGAUUGUCUCAGGGAGAGGAGUCAGGUGAUGCUCUGGCUCUUUCCGCCCCUUCUCUCUGGAAGCCACGAGGUACUUUACUUGGACUUCAUCUCUCCAUAAUCUUGUGUAGCCUUUGUUCGUGGCAUAAAAGGGGAAGAGGUUCUUCAACCAAGAUGGAAGCUGUUUUGGAGCCCAGAGUGAAGAUGGAGGAGCCAAACCAAUGUGGCCCCGAAGGAGGAAGAGAGCCCAAUACAAUGUGGGGCAGGAGAAGGGUUGUAUCCUGGGGGAGAACCGGGCAGGAUGCUCUAGAUGAGAAGGGGUUCAGUGCAGACUUCCAUGGGGCUGAUGGGCCCCGAGAGGUCUGCAGCCGCCUCCACUCUCUCUGCCGCCUGUGGCUGAAGCCUGAGGAACAUACCAAGGCGGAGAUGCUGGACCUGGUGCUCCUGGAGCAGUUCCUGGCCGUCCUUCCUGCGGAGAUGGAGCGCUGGGUGAGGGAAUGUGGGGCAGAGACCAGUUCCCAGGCCGUGGCUUUGGCUGAAGGAUUCCUCCUGAGUCGGGCAGAAGAAGAGCGGCAGGAGAGAGAGGUCCCUCAGGCCCAGGAGGCCCCAGUGGAGACCAGCCAGACGUUCUCUUCUGGGUGGAUUGGACUAGAGGACAACACAGGAGAUUCCUUUCUGGGAGGUGAGCCCAGGGUGCUGGGAAGACGUGGCAGCUCCACUCUUUCUGAUGCCAGAGAAGUGGCAUCAGCAUCAGUUCAACAAGAUCAGGUCAUGUUUGAGGAUGUGGCUGUACAUUUCAGUGAGGCGGAGUGGGCCUUAUUGAAUACAGAUCAACGGUCCCUGCACAGGGAAGUCAUGGAAGAAAAUUAUAGGAUGGUGUCUUCUCUGGGUGAUGAUGGACAAGGGAGUGAAAAUGGGGGAGCUCCAAAUAAGAUGUGGCUGAAAACAGGGAGACGUAAAAAGGAAGCAGAAAGAAGCCCGAGAAUAGAAGUAGAAGGAUACAACAGGAAUCAGUGCCCUGUCGACACCAGGGAAAUAACAAUACAACAAACAAUAGAUGAAAACAGGGAGAUGGGAAACAGCCCUGUCUCUGAGAAUGGCUUCUUCAAGGAGGCAUCUAGUAUACACCCUGCACACAAUGAGAAACAAAAAAUUGUGGACAUGCCAUAUAAAUGCCUGGAGUGUGGAAAAUGCUAUACCAAAAACAAUACCCUAAUAAGACACCAAAAAACCCACAUGGGAGAGAAGCCAUAUAAAUGUAAGAACUGUGGAAGAUGUUUCACUGAGAAAAGAAACCUCAAGAGACAUGAAAUCAUCCACACAGGAGAGAAGCCCUAUAAAUGCCUGGAGUGCGGAAAAGGUUUUUCUCAUAAGAUACUUCUUAUUGGACAUGAAAUGAAGCACAGAGGAGAGAAGCCCUAUAAAUGUCUGGAGUGCGGGAAGGGUUUCUGUUGGAAACUUUCCCUAAAACUUCACCAAAACACCCAUAGGGAAGAGAAGCCAUAUAAAUGCCUGGAGUGUGGAAAAGGUUUCUGUCAGAGACAACACCUCAAGAACCAUGAAAGCACCCAUGCACAAGAGAAGCCAUAUAAAUGCCUGGAGUGUGGAAAAGGUUUUUGUAAUAAGAGAAGUCUUAUUGGACAUGAAAUGAAACACAGAGGAGAGAAACCCUAUAAAUGCCAGGAGUGUGGAAAAUGUUUCCUUCAAAAAGCACACCUCAAAAGCCACGAAAGAACUCACACACAUGAGAAGCCAUUCAAAUGCCUGGAGUGCGGAAAAGGUUUUACUAAUAAGAUCUCUCUUAAUGGACAUGAAAUGAAUCACAGAGGAGAGAAACCCUAUAAAUGCCUGGAGUGCGGGAAGUGUUUCUCUUUGAGUAGUCACCUAAAGCAGCACCAAAGAUCCCACACGGGAGAGAAACCCUAUAAAUGCCAGGAGUGCGGAAAGGGUUUUUCUACUAAGAUAAAUCUCAUUGGACAUGAAAUGAAUCACAGAGGAGAGAAACCCCAUAAAUGCCUGGAGUGCGGGAAGAGUUUCACUUGGAGAGAUAGCCUAAGGCUGCACCAAAAAUCCCACAGAGGAGAGAAGUCCUAUAAAUGCCUGGAGUGUGGGAAACGCUUCCCUCAGAUAGAAGUCCUCACUGCACAUCAAAAAACCCACAAGGGAGAGAAUCCAUAUAAAUGCAUGAAGUGUGGAAGAUGUUUCUUUCUGAAAGGAAACCUCAAGAGACAUGAAAUCGUCCACACAGGAGAGAAGCCCUAUAAAUGCCUGGAGUGUGGAAAAGGUUAUUCAGAAAAGAGAGCUCUUAUAGGACAUGAAAUGAAUCACCGAGGAGAGAAACCCUAUAAAUGCCUGGAGUGCGGGAAGAGUUACAGCCUUAAAGCUGUCCUUGCAGGUCACCAGAACAGUCACAAAAGAGAGAGUGGGAAGAGUUUGAGCUACAAAUCAGACCUCAAAAAUGUCCAGGAUACUCUUAUAGAAGGCAAAACCAAAGACAUGUCUGGAGUGAGGGAAAAGCUUCCACGGGAGAGCAAGUCUCAAGGCCCACUAAAAAACCCACACGGGAGAGAAGUCAAAAAGCCUCGAUUCUGAGAAGUGUGAGCUGCAAAUCAAUCCUCAAAGAUGUGGGUUUUUGGGUGUCUUCUUAGGGAAUAUUCAUAGAAAGAGAAAUUGUACAUAUUCCUGCCUUGUGGAAAGAGAUGAGUUGCACAACAAGCUUCACAAAGUAGUAGAAAACCCAAAUGCAAAAGAAGCUGUGGAAAUGUCUGGAGUAUUAAAGCCAUCACUCAUACAAAAAACUCCCCUUGAAUUCUCUCAGAGGAGAGAAGCCUCUAAAAGCUCAGAGGGUGGGAAGAGAUGUGUCCUCGAAUCAGGUCUCAAAUCUCUCCAGGAGAGAAAGCAUACACAUGCCAAGAGGGUGGGAAGAGUUUGAUCCUCAGUGGGCACCAGAAUGCUCACACAAUGAAGAAACACAUGUGGACAGAAAACUGCUCUAGCCUUUGUACUGAUUUUCUCUUCUAGACUGACAGUUGAUGCAAGUCAUCUCGGACCUUUUCUUGGCACACUUUAAGGGAGAACCUGGCAGGUUCAGCUCAGUCCUGGCCUUGUGGCACUGUUGCCACAUCACUGGUUGAGGUGACGUGGUUUCCACACGGGUUUCCUCCUUUUCAGUUCUUUGUGCUUGUUUUAGAAAGUUCACUGAAAUUUGUUCCAUUUCUUGUAUUCUUUUGGAAAUGCUCAGAGAUAAAUAAAGGCAUCCUAUGGCCUCGUGGCGUAA